UAAAGUUACUGGUUUUAGUUUUAUAAUAUGUGACCAAUAAAACUUGAUCCGAGCGUGUUUUAAAAAGUUAAAAUCGAAAAGACCUGUUAUCAAUAAAUUUAAAAUUAAGCCAUGCCACGUGUUAAAAAAAUUGUUGACUGUAAGAAUGAGAAUGGGCAACAGUUGUAUCAAGUUAAAUGGGAAAGUUCAUGGGAAACUGCUGAAAGUCUUGCUGGUUGCCAAAGUCUAAUAAACGAAUUUUGGGAUUAUGUCCAUAAUUGCAGACAUGCUGGUGGAUUUAGUCCAAAACAAAUUAAAAAGCCUAAAUUAGAAAUAAAGCAAGAUCAAUUGACUCCUUUAAAACAGGAGCCAUUUUCUCCAGUUCACAGUUCUCAAUACAAUUUUGGUUAUAUAUCCUUAUUAAAUUCAUCAGUUCUUAGCACUGAAAAAUUUCCAAUUGGACAACAAUCAGAAUUAAUGGGUAAUGUUUUUCUCAGCACCCCAGAAAGAAUUAAAAUCAAAAAAGAAAACCAAACAGAUGUUGCUUAUCCCAAUUUUCAGCAAUCUAAUGUUUCCAUCAUUCAACAGACAAAUAAUAAAAUGUCAAAUAUUCAACAACCUAAUAUCCAACAAUUAUCUACCCAACAAUCAAAUAUCCAACAGUUCAAUAUUCAGCAAGUUACAAAAACUGAAUCAAGUAAUGAAUCUGAUUAUUCUAUUUCCUCUGCUAGUUCACCUUUGUCUAAUCAAAAUAAAGGUGUUGGAAGGGGAAAAGGUAGAGGAUUGCAAUUUGGACAAGCUCUUAACCAGGGUACACCUAGUAAACAGUUAAAUGCUGCCACAAAAUUAGAUGAGUCGCUGUCAAAUACAAUUCAAGAUGGGUCAACGAACCAGACUCCGAAAUAUUAUGAGAAGGUUGUUGAGAGCUGGAAUCACCCUCACGUCAAAAUUAUUUUGGUCUGCAGAGUAUGCAACAAGGAACAAAAGUCUACAAAUCCUCUUACUUGGAAACUCCAUUUUUUAACUCAUUCAGAAUCUAAGCCGUAUAAUUGCAAUGUAUGCGGCAGAGGUUUUGUUCAGUCUACGGCCUUUAAAUUGCAUAUGAAAACUCAUUUAAACUGAGUCAGCUUUUUAUUCUCUAAAAAUACUUCUAAAAUUAUUUUCACUAAAGCUGUUUAAAGAAAAAAAACUUGACGAGUUGCUGUUGUGUUGUGUUUUUUUUUUUUCUUUUUCUCGUUAUUCUCGUUUACUUUUAAUGUAAAAAUAAUUUCAUCAUAAAUUAAUUUAAAGACCAACAAAAGAGAAUGCUUUAAACGUGGAAGAUCUUAUUUUUCAGUUUUGUUUGUAUUUUCUUAAAGACUAUUUUUAUUUUUUUACUCUACGUGUUUUUCUUAUGUUUUUAUUUUGUAAUAAAUUGAGACACGUUAUGUUUUUUAAGAGUACUAGAGAGUACUUUGGCAAUUAUUUUUAUUGCAUUUUUAAAAAGCGUUUUAAUCAGAACUUUUAAAGGUGUAAAGCUUUUUUUAUUUUAUACUCUGGUCGUUGAGGUAAUUUAGGCUAUAUUUCCGUGCAUUGACAAACGAUAUAACUGUUAAUAAUUUUCUUAUUUAUUGCAUAUAUUUUAACAAAGUUAUGUAAAAGACGAUGCCAAAUUUUGAUUUUACCUGACACUGGUUAUCUUAACGAUACAUUAAACUAUUUAACGAUGAAAAAAAAUUCAUUUAUGGCUGUUGAAAACUAAAACAAUGUUUACUUAAAAAUGUAUAUAUAGAUUUUGGCAUAUUGUGUUGUUUAUAUGAGAUAUAUACAUAUUUUUAUUUAGUAACUAUGCUUUAAAAUUAUAAAUAUAUAUUUAUGUUUAGAA